AUGGCAAGGAAACAGACCGAGCCCAUCGCCAUCAUCAGCCUUCGGAGGUUGAGCAUGAGGAUCCCAGAGCCACAGCCACAAGAGUCGAAGACCUUCACUGUGGAGGACGCAGUGGAGACCAUCGGAUUCGGACGUUUCCACAUCGCCCUGUUUCUCAUCAUGGGCAGCACUGGGGUUGUCGAGGCCAUGGAGAUCAUGUUAUUAGCUGUGGUGUCUCCUGUCAUCCGCUGCGAAUGGCAACUGGAGAAUUGGCAGGUGGCUUUAGUGACCACGAUGGUGUUCUUCGGCUACAUGGUUUCCAGCAUCCUCUUCGGCCUCCUGGCUGACAGAUAUGGCCGCUGGAAGAUUUUGCUGAUCUCGUUCGUGUGGGGAUCCUAUUUCUCCCUGCUGACCUCCUUUGCUCCCUCAUACAUCUGGUUUGUCUUCCUGCGGACCAUGGUGGGCUGUGGCGUGUCUGGCCAUGCACAAGGGCUAAUCAUAAAGACUGAAUUUUUGCCCACAAAAUAUCGAGGCUACAUGCUACCCUUGUCCCAGGUUUUCUGGCUUACUGGCUCCCUGCUUGUCAUCGGCCUGGCCUCUGUGGUUGUCCCCACCAUCGGCUGGCGCUGGCUCAUCCGAGUGGCCUCCAUCCCGGGCAUCAUCCUCAUCGUGGCCUUCAGGUUUAUUCCUGAAUCUGCUCGGUUCAAUGUCUCUACCGGGAAUACCCAGGCCGCCCUGGCCACCCUGGAGAGUAUCGCCAAGAUGAACCGCUCGUUCAUGCCGGAGGGGAAGCUGGUGGAGCCCAUCCUGGAAAAAAGAGGAAGAUUUGCAGACCUACUGGAUGCUAAGUAUUUACGGACCACAUUACAGAUCUGGGUCAUAUGGUUGGGAAUCUCAUUUGCCUACUAUGGGAUUAUCCUGGCCAGUGCCGAGCUGCUGGAGAGGGACCUGGUCUGUGGGUCCAAGUUGAAGUCGAAGUCAACGGUGGUGGAGGCUGGGGGGCACUUGGAGGAGACUCAGAGCCCCUGCUACUGCCACAUGUUUGCCCCCUCAGACUACCAGACCAUGAUCAUCAGCACCAUCGGUGAAAUUGCUUUGAAUCCUUUGAAUAUGCUGGGCAUUAAUUUCCUGGGCAGACGGCUGACCCUGUCCAUCACCAUGGGAUGCACAGCUUUGUUCUUCCUUCUCCUCAAUAUUUGCACUUCAAGUGCUGGCCUGACUGGCUUCCUCUUCACGCUGAGGGCUUUGGUGGCAGCAAAUUUCAACACCAUCUACAUUUACACAGCUGAGGUCUACCCCACCACCACGCGCGCCCUGGGGAUGGGAACCAGCGGCUCCCUGUGUCGCAUUGGUGCAAUGGUGGCGCCAUUUAUAUCCCAGGUUCUCAUGAGUGCUUCGUUCCUGGGAGCUCUGUGUCUCUUUUCAUCUGUCUGUGCCAUAUGUGCCAUUUCUGCAUUUACUCUCCCCAUUGAGACCAAAGGACGGGCCCUACAGGUGAGCAAUGCAGGAAACUCGGCAGUAAUUUUGAUGAGCCUGGUAAACUAA